GCCAGGAAUGGCAGAGAAAACCCUCAAUCAGGUGAAGGAUGGAAGCAGAGCAGCAUAUGACAAUGUCAGGACCACGGUUGGCACCAUGUUCAAAAAGGACACAGCUUCGGAGAGAAGACAGGCCAGAUAUAGUGGGCCAUUUGUCCAAGAGAUUCGCAAACGGCUAGACUCCUACUUUGAGGUAACCGUCAGAAGCGUUCGGGACUCUGUGCCCAAGGCAAUUGGUUUCUAUUUGGUGAGGGCAGUUCAGGAGAAGCUGCAGUUUGAGCUCCUUAGUGCCUUGAACAAACCUGACAAGCUGUCAGAGAUGUUGGGUGAACCACCUCACAUAGUGGAGGAAAGGCGCACCUUGCACAACCAACUGCAAGUGUUGCAGAAGGCCAGCGCUGUCCUCACCAGGGACCCCACCUUGGCUGCCAUAGCUUUUGAGGCUGAGGAGGAGGAGCCGCUCCCCCCAGCCAAACCUGCAGCGCCAAAGGCAACGCCAGCAUAUGCACAGCCAAGCCCUGCUGUGCCAGCUGUGUCUAAGGCUCCGGUGGUCUCAACCGCCACCGUGUCAGCAACACCUGCUGCGCGGCCUGCAGUCACGGCCGCGCCAAAGCCGGCCAGCGUGUUUGGAGGUACUCCUGCCUCCGCUGGGCGCAACCCUCUCUUUGACGAUGCCAAGCCUCAGCAAAAGAACCUGUUUGACUGAGGGGUAUUUUCCAGGCUGCAUGAGGGCUGCAGCAGUGACAGGAACAUGGAGGAUGUAAGCGGCUCGUGAAUUUGCAGAGCAAAUGUCACCGUCAUUAGCAGGGCUCGGUUUUGCAGCGAAGUGAAUCGACGAAAA